UUUCGCGGGAUUCGCGACAAAUGGCUCUCUCCCUACCUCGUGUCGUGCCUCUCUCGCGUGCGAACGGUGGUCGCGUGAAUCGUCAACACCGAUUUCCAAAGAUAUGCCUGGUCCCGAGCGAUACGCGCGCACGACUGCGAUCCGAACGAACGCGUGCCGACGACCCGACGCAAGGCAAAGCAACUCGAACGCGUCGCGACGCAACGCUUGUCGCCCUCGUCAUCGCUCUUGCACGAUCUUCCAGUAGCGUAGCUACGUGCGAUCGUAGUACAUGCAUGGCCUCAGUAGUUUCGGUGUAUAUUGACAUAUUGGAAUGGAAACGCAACCUCGUUACGAAAUGUCACAAUAAAAGGUCUACACUUAAUGAAUUUCCAUUUGUCGUGCGAACGUGGCAUACGGUCAUGGAUUGGAUAUACAUAUGUACCAUUGCGCAUGCGUUGUCGAUGAUGUCACCAUCAUUCGUGUCGCGUUCUCCAGAUACACUCGUCUGCAUUGUGCAUUGACCAACAUUUUGAGAAUUGACACCAGAUGCGAUGCAUCUGCUCUAUAAUAAAUAUAAAGAAGAGAGUCCAGUAAACGAUGAAACGAAGGAGGAUUUUCUGACUCAUCGAGUUUAUUUCUGCCGACGCUCUCUAUUCAUCGACACUCAUACUAUACAUAUACUAACUAGUCGUCUAGUUAAAUCUAUUUUUAUUUAUUUAUUUGCGAAAUUGUCGAAUUUACACCAGUAUAUCGUUCGUUUGCAGAAUUAAUCCGAUCGUGUCACGAAGUAACCAUCAUCAUUCUCUCUUCCUCUUUUUUUUGUGCUUCCUCUGUUUCUCUUACUGAUAAUCGCAUCAUCGCGGAACCUCUUCCGAGGAAGGCCGACCAGUCUGAUUUGCGCUUGGAGAUGGCCGGUUAUGACUCCGUAAGCUAAAUUAAUCACGUUUUCUCGCUUGGCUCGCCAACGAUUAUUAUCAACCAUAAAUAAACGUAAAUAAAUAGCAUACUUAAAGGAAUCACCAAUAUCAUGGUCUAUGAUAAUGAAUAGUAAUUUACUCAGAAUAACGUUUACAAAAAAAAACGAUGCGUAUUGAUACAUAUGUUAAUUAUUGAAUAAACUAUGCGGAAUA